AGACAAUCGGUAGGCAGUGGAAACAAUUCAAUUGUAUUAUUUAGUUCUCGUAGGUCAAUCAAUGUCAGUGCCCGAAGAAAAUUAAAUGUUCACAGUCUAAAUUUUCUAUCUCUCUAAGCGGAAAGUGGAAUUGAGUUAGUGUUUCUAGAAAAAUGUCUUCAGAUAUAGUGAAAAGUUUGGAAAACAUAGAGAAUAAAGUGUUUUUGGUGACGGGAGGGGCUGCCGGCAUAGGCGCUGGUAUAGUUAGGGCUCUUUUAUUGGAGAAUGCUCGAUACGUCGCUUUCCUCGAUAUCGCAGAGAAAGAAGGUUCGCAUCUGGAGAAGGAACUUCUAGGCAUGUUCGGUGCGCUGCGAGCAAAGUUCAUAAAGUGUGACAUAACGGACGAAACCCAACUGAAUGCCGCGUACGAACAAGUGUUCGAGAAGUAUAGGAGGCUGGACGUGGUUAUAAACAACGCGGGUGUCCUGGCUGCUGAUGAUAAUGAUUAUAAGAGAAUUGUGGAUGUGAAUCUGACAGCAACUAUAAGCAGCACAUUGAAGGCUAUAUCUCAUAUGGGGGUCGAUAAGGGAGGCAUGGGUGGUACAGUUAUUAAUGUGUCCAGUCUUCUAGCAUUCAAUGCGAAGCCACAUCUGCCCGUUUACAAGUCUACGAAAAUUGCCGUGCUACAGUUCAGCAAUUCCAUCGGGUCAGAGCAAUUCUACUCCAAGACCAAAGUCCGAGUCGUGACAGUAUGCCUGGGACCUACGGACACUGCCAUUCUACAAAAACCUAACUUACAGAAAUUUGACAAAGACCACUCUCAGAGUUUGACCUCACGAGCCAAAGACAGACAAAGCGUUCAAUCAGCAGUUCAUGGUAUGCUCCAAGUAAUUAACAACGGGACCAGUGGCUCAACUUGGAUGGUGGCAGACGGCAAGCCACCUGUAGAUAUUAGUAAAAAUAUUGUCGAAGGCUUCACCGCUAUGUUAUCGGGCAUUAAUAAAAACGAUUAAACAAACAUAUUUAUUUAUUCAUAAGAAAUUUUGUGUGUCACAUUAUAGCUAGAAGCUAAUCACAUUAUAGCUAAGAAGCUGCUAGCAGCAAUUUUUAUAUGAUUUCAUCGUCUGGCAGACGUUGAAUAAUAUAAGAGUUCAUUUUAAACAAUUUCUGCCAUUAAUUAAUUGCUGCAACAUCAAAUAGGAUGUCGCGAAAAUUUUUAUUAAAAAUAAGUGUUUAAUCGACAGGCAGACUUUAUUAAUAAUUAAAAUAAAUUGUAUGAGAUAAAAAAAAACUAUUCUGCCACGAUGAUAUAUAUAUACAGAGUGUAAAAAAUCCAUGAGAAAGACUAACACUACGCAUUCUGUACACCCAUAAUACGUGGGAAUCAUUUGUAUUUUCAAAUUAAAAAAAAACUUUUUUUUUCCAGUACGCAAUGUACAGCGCGAGGCGCGCUUUUGUGGCGCUAUGCAAAUAAUGUGCCUAUGUGUAUGUGUGUGCGUGUGUGUAAGUGCGUUGAUAAAAAAAGUUUCUAAAUAUCGUUAUCAAAAUAUUAAUGUAUAAAUUUUGAAAAAAAAGUUGUGACUUUGACCUUCAAUAUCUCCAUAACCAUAAAUUUCCCAGGUAAGGUCCAGAAAAAAAAGAUCGUCAUGGUGUGGAAAAUACGUGGCCUUCGACUUCGUUAAAGGAUUUUUUACACCCUGUAUAAUAUAAUUAUAUACUUUGUAUGGUUGCAGAGAUGUUUUUAAUAAUAAAAAUAAUAAAUUUAAAGCUCG